GAGGCGCAGGUGGAGGGGCAGGCGGAGGCGCAGGUGGAGGAACAAGCCAGAACAUGGCCAACUUCCAGAGGGUGGACCUCUCCACUAGUCUGGGCCUCAUCUCUGGUACGCAGGAGUUCGCCAGUCAGUCCACCAGGCGACCAUUCUUUGCCUUUAGGGGCAUCCCGUAUGCCGAGGCACCGCUCGGGCGCCUGCGAUGGGCUGCCCCUAGCCAGCUGGGUGCCCAGUGGCCCGGGGGACGCCUCGACGCCACCCAGCACCGCGCCUUCUGCCCACAGUACGACCACGACACCCACCAGGUGGUGGGCAACGAGGACUGCCUCUACCUCAACGUAUACACGCCCAGUCUUCCAGGACAGAGAGCGGAGCGGUUGCCAGUGAUGUUCUUCCUGCACGGGGGGGAGUACCUCAGGGACACCGCCUCCACCCUGGGGCCUCACCUCCUGCUUAAGGAGGACAUCGUACUCGUCACAGCCAACUACAGGCUGGGGGCUCUGGGGUUCCUGAGUACGAGGGAUGCCACGCUGCCCGGCAACUACGGCGCCCUGGACCAGGUGGCGGCACUCCGCUGGGUCAACACCCACGUGGCAGAUUUCGGCGGCGACCCCAGCAGGGUGACCUUGGGCGGCUUCUCCGCCGGCGCCUCCUUCGUCCACCUCCACAUGCUCUCUCCGCUCUCCUCAGGGUUGUUCGCGGGCGCCAUUAUGAUGAGCGGGGCGGGCAACUGUCUGUGGUCCGUGGCGGAGUUCCCCGAGGACGCCGCCUACAGCCUGGCGCGCGACCUGGACUGUCCCACCAGGUCCUCCUACGCCCUCAGGGAGUGCCUCCAGGACAAGACUGCUCAGGAGAUCGUCGAGGCCCAGACCACCAGACACCGCUACGUGUUCUGGCCGAUGUUGUACCGGCCGGUGGUGGACGGUGGCCUCAGAGACUCUCCAUUCCUGCCGGAGCCUGUAGCAGUCCUCAUGACCCGCCCCCCAGUCAACCCUGUGCCCCUCCUGCUGGGGGGCGUUCCGCAGGAGGGCAUCCUCUACGCUCUCACUGUGGUGAUCUUCUCUGGGAGCGGAGGCAGCCCCAGGGACCUGUUUGAGGAAGCCGGCCGCUACACGGUGGAGUCCCUCUGGUCCAAUGCCUCCACCACCGCCUCCGUCAGGAGAGACGCCGUCACCGACUCCCUCAUCUCAUUCUACUACACCCGACACGCCAGGGACGACAUCAAUACUCUGGCAGAGGAGAUGAGCGAGACCUUCACGGACCUGAUGGUGACGUCGUGUAUGUGGGAUGCUGCUGAGUACUUCGCUGCCUCCACCAGGCUCCCCGUGUUCACGUACCUGAUGACCCACCGAGACGCCACCUCCCCCACCUACACCGCCCCCCUCCACCACCUGGCUGAGGGACGAGGGGUCAAGAGUCAGGCCAUAUACUCUGGCAUCUCCCAUGGAGACGACCUCGCUCUUAUCUUCUCCCUGCCUUACGACCUGGGCCAACCAGGCCCUAGAGAUCUUAAGAUGUCAGCACUUCUUACCUUCAUGUGGGCAACCUUCGCCCACACAGGGUCCCCCCAGGGUUCAGACGUGGCAGCUACAGGGAUGCCAAAGUGGAUGCCACUGGUGCCAGGGGAGCCAAUAUCUUACUACAGCAUAUCCUUCAACCCAGGCAUGUCCUCCACGCCCUUCAGGAGCAAGGAGCGGAAUCUGUGGCGUCAGACGCUGACGUACCUGGACAACGCCUCGGAGACGUCGCUCGCCUAUUUUGCCUCAACGUGGGUGCUGGUGGUGUUGCUGGUGGCGCUGCUGGUGGUGCUGCUGGUGGCGGGGGUGUGUGUGUGGAGGAUGAGGCGUAAGGAUGAGUACCCUACAGACGGUCUCACCCUCAGGAGUCGCAUCUCCCGCAAUCCGUCCGCGUCCUCCACCCGCAGUGACUAGCUAUACAUCCUCCUCCAACGCUUCCUACGUAC